GUCAGGUAAGCAUCCUCCAGGAACACUGGGUCCCCAGGCUCAGUCCAGAGAGCUGGGAACAAAGGGAGGGUCAUGUCCUCUCCUCCACUUCUUGGAUAUCAGGCCUGACUCUUUCCUCCUCUAUGCCCUGGUCUGAGCCUUCUCAGUGUCUUGUGCCUUAGAAACCUAUGCUAUUGCUGUGGCCAGAAGACCAAACCCCUCUCCUGGCUCUUGGGACCCAUUCUUUGAAGCACCUUUGGAGGUGCCAGCCCCUGCCGGGUGCCCCACCCCCACCCCUGUGAUUACCUAACAAUUACCCCCUGGCGUUGCUAUAGGUCUUGAGAACUGAGGGUGGGUUUUGUGACGAGCUGGGAAUGGGCCCUUGGGGAAACUUUCUUCAGAGACCCCGGGUGGACAUAAGCCUCCCCUAACACCAAUGAGCUCCCCCUCCCACACCCCUAAUCCAUCCCCAACCCAGUCCCCAUCCCAGUCCCGGUCUAACCACGCUGAGAAUCCAACCAACCAGCAGCAGCCCCUCCCGAGCUCUGGAGGCUCCGCCCCUUCCCCUUCCCCCACCCGGGGGUCUUCCUCCCGCCCCACCUCUCACAACCCUACCCCGGCUCCCUCUCAGCCUUCCUCCCGGGCUUCCUCCCAGUCUCCUAGUCCUCAUGUCCAACAUGUGUCCCGAGGGUCCACUCAAGCCCCUACUCCACCAGCCUCCAAAUCUCCCUCCCAGACGGGAUUAAAAGCCCUCUCUCGAAACCCUUCGCUGACACCCUCGGCGCUCGUGACCAGGUCCCCUUCCCACAGCCCUGCCAACUCGGCCUCCUACAUCGGGCCCAUCCGGAACAUCCCUUCCUGUAUCGCCCCCUAUGUGCCUCGCUUCAUGAAAGAGCCUCCCUUUUUCCAACCCCCUACAGCACUUCUUCCGCAAAAUCCGUGCUUUAACUGUGCCAUUCUAUGCCAGGGCCAGGAAUCCAGGAGGGCAGCACCACCCCCUCCUGCCUCUCUCUACUUCCCCCUCCUGCCACCACCCCCUCACAUCCCCCAGAUGAACUGCUCCUACCCCACACCUCCGGCCCUGUUCACACCCCCAUCCUCUCUCUCCUACACUCCGCCAACUGAGGUCCUGCUGAAGGGGAAGCCCCACGUGGUACCCACGGCGCUCCCAGCCACCUUCUAUACUCCGUUCUCGCGCUUCUACUCCCAGCCCCGACCCAUCCGGCCCUACCGCUACCAGAAGCGCUUAACGCUCCCUUCGCUCUCCCUUCAAUACGAUGGUUCUGGGCGCUCUGUCCACUUCUAUCGUGGGGCCUAG